AUGAGGUGCAUAAGCGAAAAAUUUUUUGUUACAAGCCGAAAUUUACAAAAAAUUUCGUAUUUUCUGCAAAUUCGGGCCUCAUCUUCGCUGGCCGAAAGCUCAUCGACGGACGAGCUGCCGAAAACCCCACUCUUCCCCACGAAAAAGCGAGGAACCGGAGAGCCUUUCAGCUUUGUGGACUAUCGUAGAGUCUACUGUAAAGCGGGCAAUGGUGGAAAUGGAAGUGUCAGCUUUUUGCGCGAGAAAUUCGUGGAAUUUGGCGGUCCGGAUGGGGGAAAUGGCGGGAAUGGAGGCCAUGUUCUCUUCAAAGGUGGGUUAUGAAAUGCUAAGUUUGUAUUCAAGGUUUAGCGGAUGUAAAUACAAAGGAUUUGUCGCAUAUUCAUCGAUGCAAAGCGAGGGUUGGCGAAGACGGCGCUUCCAAGUGUUGUCAUGGAAAAAGCGCCGAGCAUUUGGAGGUUAAGGUAAGGGGAAUUGAUUUGAUAUGCUUUGGAGAGGCAUAGGGAGGAUUUGGUCAUCGUUUUUAGGGAUAAAAAUUAUUUUUUUGACUCAUUUCAUCAAGUUUUGCCUAGUGUAAUAUAAAAUUUUCAACUCGAAUUUUAAGACUAAAGUAAGGAGAAUUGAUUCUCUAUGCUUUAGAGAGGUACAUGAAUAUUUGGUCACUAGUUUUAGGGAUCAAAAUGGGCUUUUUUUUGACUCAUUUCAUCAAGUUUUGCCUACUGUAAUAUAAAAUUUAAAACUCGAAUUUUAAGACUAAAGUAAGGAGAAUUGAUUCUAUAUGCUUUGGAGAGGUCCAUGAAUAUUUGGUCACUAGUUUUAGGGAUCAAAAUGGGCUUUUUUUUGACUCAUUUCAUCAAGUUUUGCCUACUGUAAUAUAAAAUUUAAAACUCGAAUUUUAAGACUAAAGUAAGGAGAAUUGAUUCUAUAUGCUUUGGAGAGGUCCAUGGAAAUUUUGCUCACUUUUUUUCAUUUUUAAGGAUAAAAAUUAUUUUUGUGACUUUUUUCUUCAAGUUUUGCCUAGUGUAAUAUAAAAUUUUCCGUUCAAGGUGAAUUUUAAGACUUUACGCUUUUUUAAAACGCAUUUAACGUAUUAUCCAGCCAAUGUGGACUAGUUUUUUAAAUAAAUGCUGGAUUCAAUCGAAAUUUUUUGCUGAUAUUACAUUUGACCUAGUGUAAUAUAAUUUUUGUGGGUGUUAGACUCAAUAUUGUUUCUUUUUUUGUAUCAGGUGAAAAAAUAAUUAUUUGACCCGUUUAGGUUCCAUUAUUCACUCUGAUCAAAGAUCCCACCACUAAUCGGCUAUUGCAUGAACUCAGCGAGCCAGACCAAGUAUUUUUGGCGGCACGCGGAGGCGCCGGUGGGCAUGGAAAUCACUUUUAUUUAUCGAAUCAGGUCCGAAAACCCCUAAAGGCCGAGCUCGGCGGUGUCGGCGAGGAAGUGGAGUACGCAUUGGAGAUGAAAGUUAUCGCGACGGUCGGGCUGAUUGGAUUCCCAAAUGCCGGAAAAUCGUGAGUUGAAAUUUGGAGAUUUUGAAAAAAAUCAAGAAAAAAAUGAAAAAAUUUUUCAAAAAAUUGCCGUUUUCAGGCCUUAAAAGGGGUUUAUAAGAACUUAUUUUAUAUUUGAAAUGGCUAUGAUGACUUUAAAUUACUGUGUUUACCCAAAAAUGACAGUUUCUCCAAAAUUAGACAAAAAAAUAAAAAAAAUUUCGAAAAAAUCAAAAAAUUUCAUUUCAACAGGCCUCUGAAACAAUAUAAAGCCCACAAAAAACACAUUUGACCACUUCCCAAUACAGUUUCCAAUUCAAUUUUACCAAAAAACUUGCAAAAAGACCGGUUAGCAGCGAGUGGUUUCGAUCCACCGACCUCUGGGUUAUGGGCCCAGCACGCUUCCACUGCGCCACGCUGCUACAGUCUCUUUGUUGAAAGAAAGGGGGUUCAAUUUGAAGGAAAAGUCGCGAAAUUGAGCAGAAGGCUGAAAAAUGAUGACUAAUUAUAGAUUUUGAAAUAGAAAUUGUAAAUUCUAGGAACAGUUCCCGUAUUUUACAAACUUUUCUUGUUGGAUUUUCACAAUUUUUUAAAACUUUUUUUGUUUUAUUCCAAAAAUUUAACUUUUUCAGGACUCUGCUCCGAGCCAUGUCCCGAGCCAAGCCCAAAGUCGCCUCAUACCCAUUUACGACCCUCAAACCACACAUUGGCAUCGUCCAUUACGAAGAUUACGAGCAGGUCCCAGGUUGGUGAACAUUUUUUAUAUUAUGGUAGAGACGGGGUUGGAAGUUUCAUUGCUCUGCCAAAAUUUGGAAAUAGAAAGCCCUUCAGUAUUUUAUUUAGGAUGUGAUUCACGAUUUAGCGACCGAACGGAGUUUUUUGCGAUAUUUUUUUAUAUUUUACUAGGCAAGCUUUGAAAAUUGUCCAUUACUUGAAAAUGGUGGCUUGAUUAUGGCUUUGGGCGAAAGUAUCUCCCUUUUUGGGGUAUGUAGAAAUAAAUCUGUGAAGGUCAAGUGGCCACGACGAGUUUUACAUCACUUUUUUUAAUUGUUUUACCCAUUAGCGGACAUCUUUUUCGACUUGGUCCCUUCUUGCCAUAAUCUUCUCAAAACUAGCUCAGCGAUGACUAGGAUUAUUCUAGGCAGCAUGUAGAUUAUUUCUUCCAUCACAGCUUUUGAAACGACCGUAGUAUACCAAAAUUUUACCUUAUUUUAGUUGCCGAUAUCCCCGGUUUAAUCGAAGACGCGCACAAGAAUGUUGGGCUCGGAUUCGAAUUCCUCAAGCAUGUAACGCGAUGCCAUUCGCUUUUUUACGUCCUCGAUUACACGUUAGGACAAUGGAAAGAGCAGUAUGACUCGUUGCGAAAGGAAUUACGGCUUUAUGAUCCGGAUUUGGAGGAGAAGAAACGAGUCGUCAUUGUAAAUAAGGUGGAUUUGCUGAAAAAUGAAGAGGUAAGUGGCACUUUUUUAUUUUGUUUUGAAGGUUUUGUGGCACUAAAGCCUUCGGGAACGUUUUUUUACCAGUUUCCGAGAUUUUCAGGUUUUCGUGGUAGGACCCAAAAUUUGAAAAGAAUGUUGGGAAAUGACUGGUUUUGUUGAAAAUUUCGAAUUUAAGGAAACAAAAGGCUGAAGUAGACGUAUUUUACCAUGUUUCUUCUCUUUAAAUUUGAUUCUCAUGUUUUCGUGGCGGGACCCAAAAUUUGAAAAGAAUGUUGAAAAAUGACUGGUUUUGUUGAAAAUUUCGAAUGUAAGGCUCAAAAAGGCUGGCGUGUACGUAUUUUACGAAGUUUUUUUUAUUUUCUUGACUUUCGUGUUUUCGUGGUGGGACCCAAAUUUUUAAAAAAAUUUUCGAAAUUCGAAUUUUUUUUGGUAUAAAGCGACAUUUCAAUGAGUUUUCUUUGGAUUAGGCAUCAUAUUAAGGGAAUUUUGGUGUGUUUUUCAACUUUUCAACUUUUCAGGUUUUCGUGGUGAGACCAAAAAUUUAAAUUUUUUUUGUAUAAACUGGGUUUAUGUUGGUUCAUAAGAGCAUAAUUAACAGUGGCGUAUUUUAAACCUAAUUCACUCCUUUAGAAAUUGAAAUUUACAUAUUUCCCAAAAAAAUGUUUUUGGUCCCACAACGAAAACUGAAAAAAAUAAUUUUUUUUUAUUGACCUGUAAAAUUUCAGGAAUUGGAGAGGAUACGCGAAGACCUCGCCGAAGAUGAAAUCUUCUUCAUUUCCGCCAAACACGGCCACAAUUUGAUCCCAUUAAUGAGCCACCUCCGCACCGUGCACGACGAGUACUUGCGCAUCCGAGAAGAGCAAAAGAAGGAGCAAAACGAUUUUGAAUUUGUUUAA